AUGGGACACUUUACCAUGUUUAAGAAGGCCAAGUGGAACUGCCUGAUGCAAAACUUUGUAGCGGGUCAUCUCAAGGGCAUAUGUGCAAAAUGGUGGAAUAUCCGGGACACCCAACACCAUGUCAAAACAAACAUCUACUCCAAAGACCCAGAUAUUGAUCAAAGCCCAUUUCUUGUUAUUGGAGAUUUACAACCUGUCAAGUAUGGCAAGAACAAAAUCAAAUUCAUCAACUACGAGAAGCAGCACCUGUAUUUCCGCAUGGUUUGGGUCCCCCUUCUUAUGCCGGUAUAUUUCAACCUGAAAUCCAUUCUAGAGAUAUACCACGGAAGGGACUGGAAGGACAUCACCUGGGUCAGCAGCUCUUACAUUCGCUAUUUCAUCACAUUUGGUCCUUUCUAUGGAAUCUUUGGAACCUUGGUGCUCAUAUACUUAGUCAAGUUUCUUGAGAGGCCCUGGGUUGUAUAUGUUACCCAGAUGAGCCACAUACCAAUGAAAAUGAGCGACGAGGAGAACCAGGACUGGUUCAGCACUCAGGUCUUGGCCACCUGUAAUGUUGAACAAUCCUUUUUCAAAGACUGGUUCACUGGGCACUUGAACUUCCAAACUGAGCACCAUCUAUUUCCCACAAUGCCACACCAUAAUUAUCACAACGUGGCACCUUUGGUGAAGUCACUGUGUGCCAAGCAUGGACUGCCAUAUGUGAAUAAGCCCAUGUUGAAGGCAUUUGGAGAUAUUGCCAGGGCCCUGAAGAAAUAUGGAGCCCUCUGGAAGGAGGCUUACUGCAUGCAUCCAGAAAUAUAA